AUGGAUGCCACCCCAUACAUUAUAUAUGGGAAAAGUGGAAGGACUGAUGAAAUUGCUGGGCUGAGAAAGAUGGUGACAGAGAAGGGCUUGAAGAAGCUUGGAGCAAUCAGCCGUGUCCAAGUUAGUGGAAAAAUGCACACAUUUCGUGUGGGGGAUCGAUCUCAUCCUAGUAUAAAAGAAAUACGGGGUGAGCUCACGAGGUUAAUGAAGCUGGCAAAAGAUGUGAAAGAAGAGAACUUUUGGCACCCCAAUUGCAACAAAGAGGGUGUUCAUAGUGAGAAGCUUGCAAUUGCAUAUGCAUUGCUUCAAGAAUCUCACAAAUCAAAUGUUCUUGAUCUUGGCCACCCCGGGACCAUGCUCUGGGGGCAUGACUUGGUGACAGUGGAUGUGAGACGAUGGACGAUAGCGGUGGAACAAGGACCGCAGCUAAGGAUCCUCAAGAACGUCCAAGAUGGUGGGACGAACUAUAACCACGAGGGAAGUCGAUCACUUUAG